AUGGGCAUAGCUUGCAUUUCUCGGGAGGGUAGGUUGGGACGUUUCUGUGUUAAGAACCAAGGCGAACGAUACGUUCACGAGGGAAAUUUGAAUUGUGUGGAAAAAAUUGACAAUGCAAUAAGGACCUUUAUUAACUUUACAACGCCACCUAAAUAUUGGGGUUUCUAUUUGCUGGAUAUGGAAUUACGGAAGGAUAAUUCAGCAAUAAACAUCACUUUAGUAAAUGAUAUCGAUCCUUUUAAUCCAUUUAACCGUUCUCGUCCUUACACGGUUGAACAUUUAGCUCAGGCCGUGUUCCGCAAAGCUAAUACGACUCUUACCUCUGCCGAUUCAAAGCUUAUCAAUUACGCGGAAAUCGGAUUAGGAGAUAUUUUAUUGCUCCACUGGGACACUACAACGGUCAACUUGAAAUUCUCGGGAUUUCAAUUCUUAACCUGUCAUGCCGAAUCCUAUUUAAGUUUUCGCUUUUACGUAGAUUCGUUCCAACCCGAUUUAUGGAUUGGGCUAGGAAUUUGCCUUUUUGUCAUUACAGCCAUUGUUUAUGCGUACGUUCGCUAUGCCGAGGUGGAAAACGUCUCGUUUUCCCCCUGGCUUUACGUGCUUUCCACUUUGCUAGAAGAAGGACACCCGGUUCCGAUGAAGAUUGACAAAUUGAUCAUAUUCCGAUACAUUUUUGGCAUUUGGAGUCUAAUGUCUGUCAUUCUAACAAAUUGUUAUAAUGGAUUGAUGAUCUCCAAGCUAAAUUACGUAAUUCCAGAAACAUUUGCAGAUCUUCUAUGCGAAGAUGGUACUAUACAUUCGUCUUCAUAUUACACUUCGUCCGAUUUCUUGCUCAAUUGGAGAGAGAAAUUAAAAAUCAACCUUAUUUCAAAUUAUUGGGUAGGUGUUUGCAGUUAUGAAUAUCAGAACACAGGUUUCGUCGACUUACAAAAUCGACACGAUUCCAGCAAUUGUUAUAAAUUGUUAUCAACCCCAUUAAAAUUACCCGGCCUUGAUGUCAUAGCAUUCAAGUUUCUAACGUAUUUAACCAAUGAGUUAGAUUUCUACAGCCUUUUGAAGCAGACAGGUCCCGAAUGGGUUCCAUUGCUAGAGUGGCCCCAUCUGGCUCAAUUGCUGCAACUUUUGAAUCCACGUCACGCCCAUUUCCCAAAGGGAAUUGACUACUCAAGAAAAGACCUCAAUGUGACCUAUAUGCAGCGAAAGAUAGAAACAGAAAUUGUUGAUUGUUCCCAAAAAGCGGUCUUCAUUGCUCAAUCAGACGAUCUAAAAUUUGAGUAUGACUUCCUAACCUUGAACUAUCAUAGGAAAGAAUUUCACAAAGGCCAAGAGAUACUAAGCCCACGUCCCAAAGGAUUAAUAUUCGACGACGAGGGUUUUUCCAAAAUGCCAAAAUAUUACACAAGCCUGAUUGAAACAGGAAUUUAUGCUCGCAUAGAACAGGAACUCGGGUAUAGGGCCAUGGCAGACAGGGAGCCUGCAAUUAGCAUAAGCAAGGAUGAUAGUUCCUUCUCGCUAGGGUUGAACGGGGGCGUUGUGACAAUUUUCGUUCUGUACGGAGUCGCAGUUGCAGGUUCUGUGUUGUUUUUCUGGUUUUAAUGUACCAGCAAAAUUUCUAGUUUGUUGGGUGUGCUUAAACGUAAAAUUGUUCAAAUGAUGCUUGAUAAGUUUCAUGGGUGCAAAAUACUCUCGAGAAAGGAGAACAUCCCUGUUACCAGCUAAUUUAAGGAAAUAUUCCAAAUUGCACACAUUUGUGCAAGGAUUUUUUAUCAGUUGACUAUUUGCCUAUGUAUGUAUCGCUAGUAUUCUAAAUAUUUCUUGCUUAUUAAUUAUACACGUUUGUAUAGAUAAAUUAAUUAAAUUGUGCACACGAGAUCGUUCCAGUUACACGAAUCCUCUCCAUGGAGAGCACCUGUUUCUGUUUCUGGAGCCAUGUUCGCCACCGAGAUGAAAUAAAUGACUGAAGGCGUCGUCAAACUUGGGGGGCGAAGUUUUAAGUGCAAUCCUUGAUCGAAAUGUGCAACAAGAUGCUCCCGACUCUGGCCAGUGGGAAAAUGACUUCGAGAUCUUGAAAUUUGCCGAAUUAUGUACACGAUAUGGCUGCUGUGAAGAAGAAGGUUGAAAAUUUUAUCAAAAAAGGCUUCAAAUUCUCAAGAAUUUCACUUUUGGUUCACACAGUCAGAAUAAAUUUUUAUUUGUUAGCGAUUCGGAGAAACUGCUGGAGUUUUUGCGUGAUUCGCCAUCUGCCAAGCGUCCUCGAUUUACAUAAUAUCUGACAAGAAUAUGACGCCGCUUAUCUCCACUCUGAGAAGAUGGUUUAUGAAUCAUGACUUAUGAUUUAUGUGAUUUUUCACAUUUCUGCCUUUGGGUUCCGUUUGGUGAACGUUAAUUCACUAUUAGUUAUGUAUCACUGGCAGUAAUAAUAUUCUGGCAAUAAUUGUAUGUAAUUGCGAUCAUAAUUUUAUCCUACUUAUAUUUCCCUUAGUAUAGAAGCUUACGCCUAUUGUUAACUUAUGGUUUUUACUUUCUCUUUGCUAUCACCUUUCUCUUUACUUUCCAAUUAGUUUCACAUUUAUCAUUUUAACUUAAAGGGAAAA